CAAGUCCCAUAACACCUAGCGAUGUGUAAAGAUGGCAGCGUCCAUCUGAGUCGUAAAUUUGAAACGAGAAACACGCCAAAACACGGAUUUUUAUCAAAGUCAGAGGCAACAGAUCUUUUCCCAUUUAAACGAGGAUCACAUUAACAUGAGGCUUUUGCUUACAGCAAUCAAACAAUUCAGUAAUAAGUCGCUGCCGUGUCCCCGCGCCGGCUUAAGCUCUGUUUUUAAGUGCUCUGAAGGUUCAGAGCAUAGAACUGACGGGCGGCUGCUGUUGUGCGGUUCAUCCCCGGUAGCGCUGGAGAGAGUGCGCGGACAGGUCGAGGUUCGCGAGGACUUCAUCAGUGAAGACGAAGAGCGAGCCCUGCUGCAGGAACUUGAACCCGGACUGAAGAAGAAACGAUACGAGUUCGAUCACUGGGAUGACGCGAUUCAUGGUUACCGGGAGACGGAGCGCGUGCAGUGGAAUGCAGCGUGUGAGGUUGUGCUGGGGCGAGUCAGAAGUAUUGCGUUCCCCAAAGGCAGUUCACUGCUUGGCCCAGUUCACGUUCUUGACCUGGACAAGACCGGCCACAUAAAACCACACAUCGACAGCAUCAAGUUCUGCGGCAGCACCAUAGCAGGACUGAGCCUGCUCUCUGACAGCGUGAUGCGAUUGGUCAGGGAGGACGAUUCUGCUGAAUGGCUGGACCUGUUGCUACCCAGGCGAUCCCUAUACAUUCUAAGAGACCAGGCCCGAUUCAGCUACACCCACGAGAUCCUGAAAGAUGAGGAGUCAUUCUUCUCAGGGAAGAGAGUACCCCGCCACCGUCGCAUCUCUGUCAUCUGCAGGAACCUUCCUGCUUAAGUCAAGGGAGUGCAGGGGACCCAUUUCACUGCAACACGAGUGUAGUGGCUCUUCUUAGCAUCUCAUUAUUAAUGCCAAAAUGGAGAGUUUGAACUUACUAGUGUGAUUAUUAUGCCAGAUUUCCAGUUGGUAAUGUGGUUAGGUUCUGGAGUGUUGGACUGUGUCAUAACAUUGCUGUGUAUAUCUAAUACAUAUAGAUUCUUUUUUUUUCAUUUUGAGUUCAUUGAAAAAUUAGAAAUUUCUCCGUUCAGAAAGGACAUGAACAAAGUUUGAGACUAAAAGUCAUAGACCCUUUAGUUAAAGACUCUUAUGUGAGGAAAGUGCUCCAUUUUAUAAUAACUGAACACUUGCACUUAGUUAUCAAUUGGUUUGGAAUGUCCGUCUGGCGACUUUAUAUACAGUUUAUCUGAAAUAAUCACUCAGAAAGAAAAAACGUAGGCUUGUACUUCAGCUUUAAUCAGAGCUGCGGAAUCAUACACGGCAAUAAACAGGAUGACAAAUAAAUUACAACGUUGCGCGAAACGUAUUCCAAAUAAAUAAAUAAUUUAUUACAUAAAUA